AUGUCUGGCUUCCGCAGCGCGUCCAAUGGCGCUUCUGGCAACUCACAGCAGGGCUCGUUUGGCUCCCUGACGCCCUCGCGACCUGCACCUCCCGUCCCGACCAGCAAGCACAACGACCCUUUCCUUCCACCUCUCUCGCAGUACAACCCUGGACCUAGCUCUGUCGGAAUGGGCAUGGGCGCUGGUGGAGGCUCCUACACCGGUCCAUUGCGUCCUGCUGGCCCUGGUGCUACUGCUUCCGGUGCUGGACCAGCAAGCCAUCUCGGCUCCAACUCGAACUGGCAACAGGCUGGUCCAGGUGCCACAACUAGCGGCGCUGCCGUUGUAAGGAAGGGCUGGGUCAGUGUCAAGGAGGAUGGUAUCCGAUCUUGGAUCUGGAGCAAGCGAUGGCUCGCUCUCCGCGAACAGACACUCACUUUCCACAAAAACGAGACCACCUACCAGGCUGUCGCCCUUGUCUUCCUUAAGGACAUCUCCAAUGUCUCGCGUACCGAUCUCAAGCCAUACUGCAUCGAAGUCGAGACCAAGGACAAGACCUUCUACCUCCAGCUCAAGAGCGACGAAGAGCUUUACGGCUGGAUGGACGACAUCUACUCACGUUCGCCCCUCAUGGGCGUGUCCUCUCCCACCAACUUUGUCCACCAGGUUCACGUCGGCUUCGAUCCCAUCAGCGGCGCUUUCACCGGCUUGCCCGAGCAGUGGUCCAAGCUGCUCACCACUUCUGCCAUCACUCGGGAGGACUAUGAAAAGAACCCACAGGCCGUUCUUGACGUUCUCGAGUUCUAUACCGAUAUCCAGAAACGAGAGCGCGACGACUUUGGUCUCGGCACUCCGACUAUGAACUUGCAGUCUGGACGCAAGCCCAACGAGAUCCCGAGUGCCUCUGCGGCGCCCCGCUUCAAGGCAGGCACCGGCUUCGCUGGCAGUGCAGGCGCCGACUCUGACUCUAACUUGUCCAAGGAGGCUCCCCAAUACCCUACUGCAGCCAAGCCCCCUUCAGAUGCCUUCCGCAGUUCGCCUUCUGGCGCUGCCUCAUCUCAGUCCUCGUCGACACUCAGGCCAACGCAGUCCUCCACCAUGACGAGGCGGCCCUCCGACGACGGUCGCCAAGACGCGUCCAGCCCUGCUUCUUCGCAAGCCUCCCCUUCUCGUUUCGGCGGGUCUGCUUCCAACGACUCCAAGUACGGCCGUUCCACUCCUGGCGGUUCCAGCACUUCUGCCUCUACUGCACGCCCUGACCUGGUCCCAUCUCGCAAAGCUCCUGCUGCUCCUGGCGCCCCUAAGACAUCUACACCCGCCUCGUCCCUCGCCUCGACUCGACCUGCACCGCCCCCUCCCAACUCUUCAGCUCCCAGCCGUGUUGCCAAUGAUGGUGGUGUUCAGGGUCUCAAUGUCAAGGCCAAGGAGCUCAAGCUCGGCAACGAUUCUGCUGGUGUCUCUCCUUCAUCUUCCAGCGCCGCUGCUGCCGCCGCUAAGCAGCCUUCUGCAGCGGCACCAUCAAGCUCGUCUGCCGCCGCUGCUCAAGUCAAGCCCCUCCAGAUGGCUAAGAAGGAGACCGGUGCCAAGACAGCACAGCAGAAGGAAGCUGAGCGACGCAUUAGCACCAUGUCCGAAGCACAGAUCAUGGAGAAGCUUCGCUCCGUCGUCAGCCCAGAUGACCCCAACAUGCUAUACAGCAAGAUCAAGAAAGUCGGUCAAGGUGCUUCUGGUUCUGUCUUUGUCGCCAAGACGCUCGCCACUGGCCAGCGUGUGGCUAUCAAGACGAUGGACUUGUCACAGCAGCCGCGCAAGGAGCUUAUUGUCAACGAGAUUUUGGUCAUGAAGGAGUCGCAGCACCCCAACAUUGUCAAUUUCCUCAACUCGUUCUUGGUGCGUAACAACGAGUUGUGGGUGAUCAUGGAGUACAUGGAGGGUGGUGCCCUUACCGACGUUAUUGACAACAACACGCUCGAGGAGGACCAAAUUGCCGCUAUUUGUCUCGAGACCUGCAAGGGUCUCGAACAUCUCCACAGCCAGAGCAUCAUUCACCGUGAUAUCAAGUCUGACAACGUGCUUCUCAACGCCAGUGGCCAAGUCAAGAUCACCGAUUUCGGUUUCUGUGCCAAGCUUACCGACCAAAAGUCGAAGCGUGCCACCAUGGUGGGUACGCCUUACUGGAUGGCCCCCGAGGUGGUCAAGCAGAAGGAGUACGGCGCUAAGGUUGAUAUCUGGAGUUUGGGUAUCAUGGCUAUCGAAAUGAUCGAGAACGAGCCACCUUAUCUGGACGAAGAGCCACUCAAGGCACUGUACCUGAUCGCGACCAACGGUACACCGACGCUGAAGAAGCCCGAGACGCUGUCCAAGAACUUAAAGAGCUUCUUGGCGGUUUGUCUGUGUGCUGAUGUCAAGAGUCGAGCUUCGGCGGACGAGUUGCUGCAUCAUCCCUUCUUGCAGUCAUCCUGCCCGUUGUCGAGCCUUGCGCCAUUGCUCAGGUUCCGCAACAAGCCUGACCGUUAA